UAGUUUUAUCUGUAGCAUUACUGCAUUUCGCAUUAUAGGCAGCGGCCAGCGCCAAAUAAAUAUAACCUAUUACCUAACAAAAAAAAAACAUUCUUAAUUAUUUACUAUAUUUACCUAUACAACAUAAAAUACAUUAAUUAAAUCCAAAAAUAUUUACUCUGCACCUAUUUUUUACCACCCACGGCCUUUCCAUAAAAUGUCUACUCGCUGGUAUCCAAUUUAUCAAAGGGGCAACCCACAACUUCGUGUAUUUUUACCAAAUUUUUGGAUGAAAUUAGUACAUCCACCUCCUCGGCAACAACCAAAUAUUGUUCAUUUUCAAUGUUCUAUGGAAAUGACUAAACAUGAUAUAAAAAACUAUUUAGAGAAGAUUUACAAUGUACCUGUAGUACAUGUUAGAACAAAAAUUUCACUUGGGAAAUUCAGAAAGGAUAUUGGCAAAGGUUAUGUUGUCAAGGAUGAUGAUAUAAAGACUGCAUUUGUUACUUUGCCUAAAACUACAACAUUUGAAUUUCCCAACAUAUUUGAAAAAAAGAAAGGUGGUGUAGAGGAUGAUUUGAAAUCUUUAGAAGAAACAAAGAAAACAUUUAAACAAUAUAUUGAUCGCAACAGGGAUAGAAGUGAUAUACCUAGCUGGUUUUCCAUUUGAUUAUUAAAUGUAAUGUUGUACAUAGCUAGUCUUAAUUAUAAUAGAGAACAUUAAAUAUGGUUAAUAGUCAA